AUGGCGGACGGCCAAGUUCGAGUUCUGUCCACCGGUUUGGUUCAAGCCGCCGAGCAGCUGAGGCACACUGCAGAAGCAGAACGCAUUCCCCUCACUCCAUGCGACCUGCGUUUCAUCCUCCUCGGGCCCAUCCAAAAGGGCCUUCUCUUCCGCAAACCAACCACCGGUCCGACCGACGGUCGAACCACAUUCAUCCAUUCCCUCAAAUCCUCCUUCUCCCGCGCGCUCGCCUCCUUCUACCCCUUCGCCGGCCGACUCUCCGUCGACAAACACGCCGCCGCCGACGGCGGCCGAACUGCCUCCGUCUACAUCGACUGCAACAACAACAACAACGCCGGCGCUCUGUUCGUCCACGCCGCGGCCGACGGCGUGUCCGUCGCCGAUGUCCUCGAGCCGCUCUACGUCCCGCCGGUGCUCUGGUCGUUUUUCCCUCUCAACUGGAUGAGAAACCACCACGGGUUCUCCGAGCCGUUGCUCGCGGUCCAGGUGACGGAGCUCGUCGAUGGGUUCUUCAUCGGCUGCACGAUUAACCACGUGGUGGCAGACGGCGCGACUUUCUGGAGGUUUAUGAAUUUCUGGUCGGGAAUCUGCCGCUCCGGCGGCGGCGGCGGCGGUGGUGGUUAUUCAGCCGAGAUGAUGAACGGCUCCGACAAGUCGCGGGUUUUCAGCAGGCAAUGCCGCGAGAAGCUGGCGGCGCUGAAAGCGCAAGCCAAUGCCGAAUCCGCCGCCGCCGCCGCCGCCGGCAGCCAGAUCUCGUCUCUGCAAUCCCUAAUUUCCCACAUUUGGAGAGCGGUGUUCCGAAAUCGGAGCAACAAUCCCGAUCCAGAUCGAGAUCGGAAAUUCCUCCUAUUCUUCGGAUUUCGAUCGCGGCUCCAGCCCAGAGUUCUGGAGGACUACUUUGGGAACGCGCUUGUGAGCCAAUCGGUCGUAUUGAAGGAGGGCGAAUUGCUGGUGGCGGAGAAGGGGCUGGGGCGCGUGGCGGCGGCGGUCAACAGAGUGGUGGCGGAGCAGACGGACGAGAAGCUGAAGGAAGCGAUGGAGUCUUGGAUCAAGAACCCCAAGUUCCUAAAAAUUGGGGAAUUAGAAGAGGGAAUGAUGCUGCUGGGUAGCUCCCCGAGGUACGACGUCUACGGGAACGAUUUCGGUUGGGGGAAGCCGGUCGCGGUGCGGAGCGGGGCCGGCAACAAAUUCGACGGCAAGGUUACGGUGUAUCCCGGAGUGGAGGCGGGAAGCAUGGACGUGGAGGUUUGCUUGUUGCCGGAGACGGCGGAGAGAUUGGGAAGGGAUCUGGAGUUUAUGGCUGCAGUCGGCGCCUGA